GGGAAGAGGCUGAGAGAAGGGGCUGUGGGCGGUCCCUGAAGGGCCUCCAAGGGAGACGCCUAGAAGAUGGAGGCCCAGGUUCUUGAGAUGUUUCUUUUUCUGAUCUAGCAGGAGGGACAAAGAGCUCCUCCACUCCCUCAUUCCCCAAGAAGCCCCCCAGCCUACCCAGUUUCUGUGACCAUUCCGCCCUGGGAAAGCGGCUUCCCAGUUGAAGUCACGAGGAGUUCUCCAAGAAAGGUCUGCUGGCUGAUUCUUCAUUGACCUACCAGUCCCUGCUAUCAAGGACGCCAGAGUAGGUGAUGAUGACCUCCUUAUCUAUUUUUCUUGAAUCAUGAGAGAUGAAAUUGCAACAACAGUUUUCUUUGUCACAAGAUUGGUGAAAAAACAUGAUAAACUAAGUAAACAGCAAAUAGAAGACUUUGCAGAAAAGCUGAUGACGAUCUUGUUUGAAACAUACAGAAGUCACUGGCACUCUGAUUGCCCUUCUAAAGGGCAAGCCUUCAGGUGCAUCAGGAUAAACAACAAUCAGAAUAAAGAUCCCAUUCUAGAAAGGGCAUGUGUGGAAAGUAAUGUAGAUUUUUCUCACCUGGGACUUCCGAAGGAGAUGACCAUAUGGGUAGAUCCCUUUGAAGUAUGCUGUAGGUAUGGUGAGAAAAACCAUCCAUUUACAGUUGCUUCUUUUAAAGGCAGUUGGGAGGAAUGGGAACUAUAUCAACAAAUCAGUUACGCAGUUAGUAGAGCCUCAUCAGAUGAUCCCUCUGGCACUUCCUGCGAUGAAGAAAGUUGUAGCAAGGAACCUCGUGUCAUUCCUAAAGUCAGCAAUCCGAAGAGUAUUUAUCAGGUUGAAAACUUGAAACAGCCCUUUCAAUCUUGGUUACAAAUCCCCCGCAAAAAGAAUGUGAUGGACGGCCGUGUUGGCCUCCUGGGAAACACUUACCAUGGCUCACAGAAACACCCUAAAUGUUACAGGCCUGCUAUGCACCGGGUGGACAGGCUCAACUUAGCAUUCUGAAUUCGGAAAGGAAGAAAGGACAAUGCCCUAAUGGCCUGUUUUGGAAGAAGCAAGUGGGAAUUGAGUGGCAUCAGACCUUUUGAGAAGCUGAGAACAACUUCUAAAAGAAGGGGGCUUGUAUCCUUGAGCACCUGCCAUUCCUCAGAAUCUGAACUCAGGACACUGUAGAAGUUAUAUUUCACUCAGUUCUACAACCCAAGCUAUAAAGUAUGCAUGAUUUUUUUUCUUUUUUUGAGACGGAGUCUCACCCUGUCACCCAGGCUGGAGUACAAUGAUGUGAUCUCAGCUCAUUGCAACCUCCACCUCCUGGGUUCAAGCAAUUCUCCUGCCUCAGCCUCCCAAGUUGUUGAGAUUACAGGCUCCCACCACCAUGCCUGGCUAUUUUUUGUGUCUUUAGUGGAGAUGAGGUUUCACCAUAUUGAUCAAGCUGGUCUCGAACUCCUGAUCUCAAGCAAUCCACCUGCAUCAACCUCCCAAAGUGCUGGGAUUACAGGCGUGAGCCACCAUGCCUGGCCAGUAUGCACGAUUUUACUCUUCCUUUAAAAGAUGGUAAAACAGUGGCAGGGAGGGGUUAGUUUUAAUAACUUGCCCAAGGUCAAAGAGUUAAUAAAUUGUGGGGCAGGUCUUCAAACUC